AUGUAUCUUCUCGACCUCAUUCUCGCUGCGAUUGCCUUGGUCGGGACUUGUACCUCUUCCUCGGCCCUGGCUCACCAAAUGAAUCGACGGAAUGUCACGCCAUGGCCGAAGCAGUCAUUCAAGACAAUCGCUGCUACACUUUUAGUCUUCAAUGUCACAAAAUCUGGAGAACCCCUCGCUCCUGGAUACAUCAUUCUCACCCCUGUUUCUUUCAAUGGAGUCGCCGAAGUCGCCGCUGUCAUAAUGUCAGACGACGGAGAUCUAAUUUGGAACAGCCAGGUAGGGUCUCUCGAGACUUUCUCCUACACAAACUUGUUCGUACAAUCCCUGGACUCAAAACCAGUUCUACACUAUUGGACCGGCGGUAGCGAUGGACCGAUGGGCUACGGUCAUAUCUCCAUACUGGGCGAAACAUAUACCGAGAUCUAUCGAGUUUGUCCUCAGGUUCAGGUCGUCACCCUGCACGCUCCCAAUAUCACAUUCCCUUGCUACGCAGACGUUCACGAAUCGUUCAUUACGGAACGCGGUUCAAUCAUCAUCAGUAUGUACAACAUCACUCAAGCAGAUCUAACAUCUGUCAACGGUUCCACGGACGGAUGGGUCUAUGAUUCUCUCUUCGUCGAGGUUGAUAUCAAGACAAACAAAACAUUAUUCCAGUGGAGUGCACUUGAAGCCGGAAUACCCUUCAACCUUUCAAAGGCCACCCCUCUCGGAGCAGCAAAUUUUGUUGGCAACGGUACUCGAACAAGUCCUUAUGAUUGGUUUCAUGUCAAUUCGGUUCAGGCUAUCGGCGAUGGAUAUCUUGUCAACGGGCGCCAUAUGUGGACAACGUACAUGUUGAACAGCUCAGGAGCAAUCCAGUGGAAAUACAGGGUGACACCGGAGGAGACUUUACUUUGCCAGAAGAUGGACACUUUGUACGCACGGGAACACCACGCCCGCGCCCAGAACGUCACUGAUACGGAUCUCAUUCUCCACUACAUGAACAAUUUCAACGCCGCAAACCCAUUCAACGGCAGCCAUCAAACCAAAGGUCUCGAGCUGCAUCUCAAUAUCGUCACCAAGACAGCCACCGUGCUCAAGAACCUCGCCGAUCCCGAAGUAGAGAUCUUCAACGACCAAAUGGGAACGUUCUGGCCUCUCCCAAACGGCAACACAUUGUUAGGAUACGGCCAAAUACCUGCAAUGAAAGAGUUUGGACCGGUUGAGGACCACGACGUCAGGAUGAGUAUUCGUUACGGGUACGACAAUAAUUCCGCCAUGAAUUUCCCCGGGGCCGCAUCAUACAGAAAUUAUCGACAGGAGUGGGUCGGAACUCCAGCUGCGGAUCCCGAUGCGGUAGUGGAAGAUGGUGUGUUGCACGUGAGUUGGAAUGGAGCAACAGGGAUAUCGAGCUGGGAGGUCUUUACUGGGCCAACGGAGACUGAUCUCAAGGCUGUGGGAAAUGUCACGAGCGGGGGCUUCGAGACCAAUUUCACGCUUUGUGGGAAUGAGAGUUUUGUCAAAGCUGCAGCGUUUCGUGGUGACGAGCUUCUGAGGAUUCGAACAUCGUUAUUGUUAACAAAAUAA